GCUCCAGAACAAUCAAUGUAGAAAUAUGUGUUUACAGUUCUACAGAUCUGUUCAAAAAGUGAUUGUUGUUGUUAUUGUUUACAAUGAUGAUGAUGACUACUGUAUAUAUUAGGAAUUUAUUUUUUGCAUCAUGUCAGUUUAAGUAAACAGACAUAGACAGACAUGCAACACAACACAACCAUAUAGCACAAUACAACACAACACAAUAUGAGCCUGGUUCAUUUUCAGUAAUGAGACCCUGUACCCCAUUUACAGUUUCUACUUCAAUGUAUCAGGUGGAGUUAUUCACCAGCUAUAGAGUGAGUUGUUGUUUAUGUUUCUAAGACUGCAGGGUGGGAGAUGCAACAAUGUCCUUGAGAACAACAGGAAGUGUGUUGGUGGUCUUUCUCUGGUCUGUAGCAGUGGUACUGGGUCAGGAUGGCUGGAGUGUUACAUACACCACUCAGAGUAUCUGUACCUUGAAGGGGUCAUCAGUGGAUCUGUUCUGCUCUUAUACAUAUCCCAGAGGUACAGUCACAACAACCUUCUGGUUCACUAAAAUGGAGGCUGGUAUAGAACUUGAAGAUCUAGGUCAGGACCCAGAGUAUGCAGGUCGUCUGGAGUAUCAUGGGGAUAAGAAGAAAGACUGCACCCUGAGAAUCACAGACCUGAGAGAGAGAGACUCAGCUACAUACAGGUUCAGAUUACUAACAGAUCAGGAAGGAGGGAAAUAUUCUGGAAGUCCUGGAGUCACUCUGUCUGUCACAGGUCUUCAGGUGAAGGUGACUGGUGGACAUCAGGAUAAGACACUGACCUGUAUCACCACCUGUACUCUGACUGACAACCCCACCUACAUCUGGUACAAGAACGGACAACAUCUAGAUGAGAGCAACUCCCCCCAGUACAAAGACCCAGUCUCCAGUAACUAUGAAGACAGUUACUCCUGUGCUGUAAAAGGCCAUGAGGAUCUCCUCUCUCCUGCAGUGUGUGUCCAGGGUCAGGACUGCAACAGAGUGACUUACACCAAGAGGACAAUCUGUGCCUUGAAGGGGUCAUCAGUGAACAUUUCCUGUACUUAUUUCAGUCUUUAUAACAUCACAUCAUCACUAUGGUUUAGUCCUAAACAGAGAUCUAGGUGGAGGGAUGAGUUGAUCCCUGAGGACCUAACCACAGACCCAGGAUAUGCAGGUCGUGUGGAGUAUGUUGGAGAGAAGGAGAGAGGUCACUCCACCCUGAGAAUCACAGAUCUGAAAGAGGAGGACUCUGCUGAGUACAAGUUCAUAUUCAACACACAGACAUCAAGAUGGGGAUACAGCUUCCCUGGAACAACUCUGACUGUCACAGACCUGCAGGUGAAGGUGACUCCUGCCACAGAGGCAGGGAAGAGGACACUGACCUGUAUCACCACCUGUACUCUGACUGACAACCCCACCUACAUCUGGUACAAGAACGGACACAAAGUAAAGGAGGACACUUCCAGCCUGGACUCAGACUCCUUUAGUGAUGCAGACAGUUACUCCUGUGCUGUAAAAUGCCAUGAGGAUCUCCUCUCUCCUGCAGUGUGCAAGAAGUGUUGGAGUGUGACUUACACCCAUCAGAGUAUCUGUGUCUUGAAGGGGUCAACAGUGGACAUAUCCUGCUCUUACACGUAUCCCAGUUAUCAUGAGAUCAAACAUGCUUUCUGGUUUACUAAAUGGUCUGAUAAGGAUGCUGAAGAUCUGAGCUCAGUGCCAGGGUAUGAGGGUCAUAUAGAGUACCUUGGGGAUAAGAAGAGUGACUGUACCCUGAGAAUCACAGACCUGAGAUUGAGUGACUCUGCUGGGUUCAGGUUCAGAUUCAUAACAUCUGGAGGAAAGUUUUCUGGCUCACCUGUCUCCCUGACUGUCACAGAUGUUGUGUUGGAGAUGGAUCCUACAUCUGUGUCAGAGGGGGAGAGAGUCACACUGAGAUGUAGAACCAAAUGUACACUGAACCCCAUCACAGCCUACAGUUGGUAUAAGAAUAGACAGCCUAUACCAAACAGCAACACCUACUCUCCUGUCUAUAUCCUAUUCUCAGUCAGCAGUGAGGAUACAGGCAGAUACUCCUGUUCUGUAGAAGGACAUGAGGAUCUCCCCUCUGCUGAAGAGACUCUCACUGUCACAUAUGGUCCAUGGAACACCUCAGUGUCAGUCAGUCCCUCUGGUGAAAUAGUGGAGGGCAGUUCAGUGACUCUGACCUGCAGCAGUGAUGCCAACCCACCUGUGGACAAAUACACCUGGUACAAGAAGAACGUAACCUCACCAAAAGCAUCAGGACAGAGUUACAGCAUCACUAACAUCAGCUCUGAGGACAGAGGAGAAUAUUACUGUGAGGCUGAGAAUAAAUAUGGACGUCUCAACUCUUCUUCUGUGUCUGUGGACGUUCAGUACGGACCAAAGAACACCUCAGUGUCAGUCAGUCCCUCUGGUGGAAUAGUGGAGGGCAGUUCAGUGACUCUGACCUGCAGCAGUGAUGCCAACCCACCUGUGGACAAAUACACCUGGUACAAGAAGAACGUAACCUCACCAAAAGCAUCAGGACAGAGUUACAGCAUCACUAACAUCAUCUCUGAGGACAGAGGAGAAUAUUACUGUGAGGCCCAGAAUGGAAGAGGAUCUAUGAGCUCUACAUCUCUGAUGAUCAUUGUAGCAGGUAAAGUUACAUCUUCAAUGACUGCAGCUGUAGGAAUCAUUGUUGUUGUUCUGGUUCUCAUCCUCUGUCUCUCUGGACUCAUGUGGUUCAGGAAGAAGAACUCCGCACCCACCCCCAACACAAGAGACACAUCAGAUGAUGGACAGGGAGACUCUAGUCCAGUGUAUGACAAUGUCUCAAACUUGGCCAUGACCUCUACUGCAGCACAGACAGAGUCCACAGACAACCAGGAUGAUGUUCACUACGCCAGUGUCCACUUCUCUCACUCCAAAAACCAGGAAGUGCCUCUGUACUCCACCGUCCAGCUGCCUCAACCACAGAAACAGGACCAAGAUGUCCAAUACGCUGCUGUGAAAUUCAACCUCCCCAGUUCUGCCACCCAGUGAGCAUAUUCUGCCAUUACAGCAACAUAGAGUCAAUACUAGAACAUUGUGAACACACAGCAUUAAAGGAGAAGCUUGUUUACAACCUAAUCUGGAUGGGGGGGGGGGGGUUGAAUCUCAUUUACUGCAUUUCUACACAAUUAAAACACUUUUAAAUGGUAUUUGGAAAACAGAAAAAAACAAGCAAAAAUGACCCCAGCCAUUAUCACCUUGGCUGCUGAGGUUUAUCUCACCUCAGUCCAUUAUCACCUUGGCUGCUGAGGGUUAU